UCCUUUCCAUCACAGGAGAUAUAGAAACCUCUCAGCAUCUCUCUCUCUCUCUCUCCGGCUUGCUUUCCUUCUUAGAACAGAGUGUAGGUUCCUUAGAAGAGGAAGAAGAGAGACAAAAUGGCCAUGUCCAACAACUUCGCAGUAAUUUUCUCAGUUCUUGCUCUCGUUCCUCUUUGCUUUGCUGCUAGUGGUGGUGGGUACCUCUACCCGCAGUAUUAUGACCACUCAUGCCCGAAGGCUCAGGAGAUUGUCAAGUCCGUCGUUGCCAAAGCUGUGGCUAAGGAGACCAGAAUGGCCGCUUCUUUGCUGAGGCUCCAUUUCCAUGACUGCUUCGUUAAGGGAUGUGAUGCAUCUCUCCUGUUGGAUAGCAGCGGAAGUAUCAUUAGCGAAAAGCGGGCUAAUCCGAACCGGAACUCGGCAAGAGGGUUCGAGGUCAUCGAUGAGAUCAAGGCUGCAUUAGAAAAGGAGUGCCCACAAACCGUGUCCUGUGCUGACAUCCUAGCUCUUGCUGCUAGAGAUUCUACUGUUCUGGCUGGUGGUCCUAGCUGGGUUGUCCCACUUGGGAGGAGGGAUUCCUUGGGUGCAAGCUUAAGCGGCUCCAACAACAACAUUCCGGCUCCAAACAACACACUACCCACCAUCAUCACCAAGUUCAAGCUCCAAGGCCUCGACCUUGCCGACCUCGUUGCACUCUCAGGUGGCCACACCAUUGGCCAAUCAAGGUGCACCAGCUUCAGACAGAGGCUCUACAACCAGACGGGCAACGGGCUCGCCGAUAGCACCCUGGAGGUAUCCUUUGCUUCCCAGCUGCGAUCACGCUGUCCGCGAUCCGGUGGCGACAACAACCUCUUCCCUCUAGAUUUGGUCAGCCCCACCAAGUUCGACAACUAUUACUACAAGAAUAUCAUGGCUUCCAAGGGUCUGUUGAACUCGGACCAGGUGUUAUUCACAAGGAAUCCACAAACAAUGGCGCUGGUGAAACUGUAUGCUGAGAACAGCGAGCUCUUCAUGGAGCAGUUCGUCAAGUCCAUGAUUAAGAUGGGAAACAUCACCCCACUCACUGGUGUCAGGGGAGAGAUUCGGAAGAAUUGCAGGAAGGUUAACUCUUAAUAAUCGAGUAACGAACCACAUAAAUAUAUAUACUUAUACAUUUGAGAAGAAAUAUGAAGCUAGCUGUUCCUACUGUCCUGUAUGUAUCCUUUCUUUUCAUUUUUUGAGUGCCUACAGAGAGAGGUGCGAUGCUGUUGUAAGUUGUAACCUUAGUGUACUGGCAUUCUGUCUUGUGAUUUCAUUUCGAAUCAAUAAAGUCAUAUGUUCUUGUGGUCGUUAUAUUA